UACAUUGUUAUAAGUUUUUAGUUCAAAUAUAGAUCUCAUGUUCAUUAGCAAUGAAUCGUAAUGUAUCAUUUAUUUUGACCAGUUACCUUGUUCAUGAUUUGUACCCGAGUAGUUACUAAAUUACUUAGGAAUUAGAUUGUAAUGGGUUACUAAAAAUGUAUACGUUGUAUCCGAUUGCUUCAUAUGACAUCAAAUUGGUAUUCCCUAGAUGCGUUCUUGCAGGACGCUGCUCCUUCAGGCAAUAUAUGCCUCGCAAGCCCGGGAGGUACGGACUGAAACUCUGGGUGCUGUGCGACGCCAGGACAAGCUACUGCUGGCGAGUGAAGCUGUACAUGGGGAAGCCUCCAGGGGAGGCACGGGAAGUCGACGUGGCGAAAAAUGUGGUGCUGGAACUGUCUGAGGGGCUGAGGGGGCACAACAUUACUUUUGAUAAUUUCUUUACCUCCUUCAGUCUGGGACAGGAGCUCCUCCAGCGUCACCUUACGAUGGUAGGCACUGUGCGCCGAAAUCGUCCAGAGCUGCCGCCUGCUCUGCUAACAACUAGGGGCAGGCGGCUACACUCCUCCGAAUUUGCAUUUUCCCAAAAUACGACACUCGUGACUUACAUCCCCAAAAACAACAAAAACAUGCUUCUAAUGAGCACGUUCCACAAUAAGCCAAACAUCACCCAACGGCAAGACAGAAAGCUGGAAAUCAUAAUUGAUUAUAACAAAACUAAGAGGGGGGGGGGGGUUGACACCAUGGAUCAGCUAAUUUCCAAUUAUUCAUGCAAAAGGGAAACCGCUCGCUGGCCCCUUGCAUUAUUUUCUAACAUUCUGGACAUUUCGGCGCACGAUGGCUACAUCGUGUGGAAGGAGCUCAAUCCCGGAUGGAAGGCACGACUGAAACAGAGACGCAGGCUGUUCCUGCAGGAGCUGGGCGAAGCCCUAAUCGGUCCCACUGUUCCGCAACAAAUGCAUCUUCCUCGAGGGUCCCAUGCUGCUACAACGGUGAGAGCAAUCAGGGACGCCCAGAUCAGCCAGGCCCACCCCUCAGACGUCCAGUCCACCCAAUCCCAACCCAGUGCAGUCCCACCUCCCCCGGAAGAGAAAUCCAAAAGGAAGAGGGUGCAGCCUGUGCCAUUAUUCUACUGACCGUAAAGCGAACGCGCAGUGUUGCAAGUGUGGGGCACAAGUGUGCAAGGAGCAUUAUGACAUUGUCUGUAAAAAAUGCUAAAUAUAAACUGUAAAUAUAACUGUAAAUAGUUUAGUUCUUUAUUAUUUAUAGUGUAUAGUGUAGUUGUUUGCCGCACUUGUUUGUGUUCUGUGUUCCCGUGUGUUCCUCUUUUCCCGUUUUACCAGCAGUUAUCAUCUCAUCACUCGAAUUUCCCACUUUUAUGUAACCAUACUUGUGUUCUGUGUUCCCGUUUUACCCACAAUUGUGUGUUCUCUAGUUCUGUAAUUGUUUUUUUGUUUUCUAAAAUGUAUUUCACAAGGUUCAUGUCUUCUU